AUGACAUUUACCUUCCCCAAGCAAGCACAGAUAGCUUUGGAAGUAGAAGCAGACCCUGACCCCUUGGCAGAUCUUCCCAGCCAAUAUCAUGAAUUUGCCAAAGUCUUUGGAGAAGAGGAAUUCAAGGUCUUGCCACCACAUAGGGAAUACAAUAUUGCCCUUGACCUACUACCUGAUGCCAAGCUCUCCCCUGGUCCUAUCUAUGGCAUGACCAAUGCAGAAUCCAAAGCUCUUAAACAGCACAUUGACAAGGAAUUAGCAACAGGCAAGAUCUGCCCUAGCACCUCCUCUGCUGGAGUGCCAGUUAUGUUUGUAAAGAAGGCAGACAGGUCCUUAUGUCUAGUAGUGGACUACAGGAAGUUAAAUGACAUCACCCACAAGAAUGUUUAUCCACUCCCAAGGCAGGACAACCUCAUGGCCAAGCUAAGGCAUGCUAAGAUCUCCACAAAGUUGGAUUUACACUGGGGCUACAAUAAUGUCCAGAUCAAAAAAGGAGAUGAAUGGAAGACAGCCUUCAGGACUAAGUAUGGGCUAUUUGAGUACUUAGUCAUGCCCUUUGGCCUUAACAAUGCACCAGCUGCUUUCCAGCACUUCAUGAAUGAUCUAUUCAGGGAUCUGAUUGAUGUCACUGUGGUUAUCUAUUGGGACAACAUCCUGAUCUUCUUGGAGAGACUGGAGGAACACUCUAGCCACAUAAGGGAAGUCCUAUCCAGACUUAUGAGGAACCAGUUGUUUUGCAAGUUGUCAAAAUGUCAUUUCCAUGUCACAAUGGUCAACUACUUAGGCAUUGUCAUAUCCCUGGCUGGAUUCUCUAUGGACCAAAGGCAACUUCACCCCCACGCCGUCUCAAUCAUUCCAUCCACACGCUCUGGCGUCCCCCAUCCCUAUUCCCGUCCUACCAGCCGCUCCAGCCGCCGCUCCGUUCCAUCCCAUUCCCAACCACCCACUCGCAGCCCAUCUCCCACUCCGCAAGACCUGCCAGGAAUGGAACCGGAGCCAACCCUUAGCGCUCUCCUCGAGGCUAUCACAGCCCUCACCACUCAAGUCGGGUCCCUCCAGGACCAAGUCAAGUCUCAAGGCAAGCAAAUCACCCAGCUUAUCGCCAUAUGCAAGGAGACCAACGACCUCGUUGGAGACAAGGAUCAGGGCAGAGCCCAAACCAAGCCUGGCCCUUCGACUGGGCCUAUUACCCCCCCUACCCACUCAGGAGGGGAAACCCACACUCCAGGCACGGUUAGGCCUGGACUCAAGGCCCCGUUCUGGCCCUCUAGAGGCACGGGUUUUGACUCUGAAGAGGAAGAGGAACCAAGGAUCCCCAAAAAGGAGCCUCAAGGAACGCCUAGACAACACCUUGGGUCCCUUACCCCCUUUGAUGCCAGGUCCAGCGUAAAAAGGCCCAAGAUGGAUCUCCCAGAACCCUAUAAGGGAGAUACAAGGGGACGUAAGGCCACCCAAUGGCUUGACCGCAUGAUGCUCUGGGUCGCCCUCCACAGGGACCAAUUCAAUGAGGAGGAACAGAUGGUUGUAUGGAUCCUCUACCAUAUGACCAAUAAAGCUGCCGACUGGGCCCUUCCCAUCAUUGGAAACAUCAUUAAGGGCGAAGGAAACCCCCCCACCACCAUCCAGGCCCUUACGGGCAAAUUCAAAGAAGCCUUUGCCGAUCCAGACGCAAAGAGAGCGGCCGCCAGGAAAAUUGCCGCGUUGACUCAGACCACCACCACGUCUGAGUACGUCACAGAAUUCCGCAACCUCAUGGCGGAAUUAGACUGGAACACUGAGGCGUACAUUGCCCAGUUUACGCGCGGCCUUCACUGGAAGGUCAAGGAACUCCUGUCCACCAAGGACAAUGUCCCUGACGACGACCUCAAGGCCAUAUUUGCCGCCUUGGUCAAAAUUGAUAACACUCGUCGGGAAAACAAGGAGAACCGCCCCAAAAAGGUUCCUGCCAAAUCCCCGGUCACCGCGACCACCUCCUCCACCACUACCACAAGGGUCUGCCUAUCCGAGGACCCCAAUUACGUUACCCCGGAGGAAAGGGAUUGUUGCCGCGCGUCGGGGCUAUGUGUCAAGUGCGGGCAAAAGGGCCACGGUAUCAAACAGUGCCCCAACGGUUGGAGGGCUACCAUCAAGGAGACUGCCAAAAUUGGUCAGGAAGAAUCAGAAAAAGAGUAA